AUGUCUCGAUCACGACAACCCCCCCUGGUGACAGGCAUCUCUCCAAAGGAAGGAAUCCCGUGGACAAAGGUCACAAUUAGAGGAGAAAACCUGGGAACUGGUCCACCUGACCUCAUAGGCCUGACCAUCUGUGGGCACAACUGCCUCCUGACUGCAGAAUGGAUGUCUGCAAGUAAAAUCGUGUGUCGAGUGGGACAAGCUAAAAAUGACAAAGGGGACAUCAUUGUGACAACCAAGUCUGGUGGCAAAGGAACCUCGACUGUCUCUUUCAAGCUGCUGAAGCCUGAAAAAAUAGGUAUCCUGGAUCAGUCGGCUGUCUGGGUAGAUGAAAUGAAUUAUUACGACAUGCGCACCGACAGGAAUAAAGGCAUUCCUCCAUUGUCCCUCCGUCCUGCUAAUCCACUUGGGAUUGAGAUUGAAAAAAGUAAAUUUCCCCAGAAGGAAUUAGAAAUGCUGUUUCCUGGAAUGAGUGCUGAUUUCACGAGUGAGAAUUUUUCAGCUGCCUGGUAUCUGAUAGAGAACCACUCAACCACCAGUUUUGAACAGCUCAAAAUGGCAGUUAGCAAUCUGAAGAAACAGGCUAACAAGAAGAAUGAAGGCAGUCUGGCAUAUGUGAAGGGAGGCCUCAGUACUUUUUUUGAAGCACAAGAUGCCCUGUCAGCUAUCCAUCAAAAACUGGAAGCAGAUGGAACGGAAAAAGUAGAAGGAUCCAUGACUCAGAGACUGGAGAAUGUUCUGAACAGAGCGAGUAAUACUGCAGACACAUUGUUUCAAGAAGUCCUAGGUCGAAAAGACAAGGCAGAUUCCACUAGAAAUGCACUUAAUGUGCUCCAACGAUUUAAGUUUCUGUUCAACCUUCCUCUAAAUAUUGAAAGGAAUAUUCAAAAGGGCGAUUAUGAUGUGGUUAUUAAUGAUUAUGAAAAGGCCAAGUCACUUUUUGGGAAAACGGAGGUGCAAGUUUUCAAGAAAUAUUAUGCUGAAGUAGAAACACGAAUUGAAGCUUUAAGAGAGUUACUUCUGGAUAAAUUGCUAGAGACACCAUCAACCUUACAUGACCAAAAACGUUACAUAAGGUAUCUGUCUGACCUUCACGCUCCUGGUGACCCAGCUUGGCAGUGUAUCGGAGCCCAACACAAGUGGAUCCUUCAGCUCAUGCACGGCUGCAAAGAGGGCUACAUAAAAGACCUGAAAGGCGGCCCGGGUCUGCACAGCCCCAUGUUGGAUCUCGACAGUGAUGUACGCCCCUCCGUACUGGGUCACCUGAGUCAGACAGCAUCACUCAAGAGGGGCAACAGCUUUCAGUCCACUCGAGAUGACACAUGGAGAUAUAAAACUCCCCACCGGGUGGCGUUUGUUGAAAAACUGACCAAGCUUGUUUUGAGCCAGUUGCCCAAUUUCUGGAAGCUCUGGAUCUCAUAUGCUAAUGGAAGCCUUUUCAGUGAGACUGCCGAGAAGUCAGGCCAGAUUGAGAGAUCAAAGAUUGUAAGGCAAAGACAAAAUGAUUUCAAGAAAAUGAUUCAGGAGCUGAUGCACUCGCUCGUGAAGCUGGCCCGCGGUGCCUUGCUCCCGUUCACCAUCCGAGACAGCGACGUGCAGCAGUAUGGAGGCUGGGAGGGCAAGGCUGGCCUUUCAGGGCAGUGGCUCGCCCAUGCCGUUCAGACUAUACGACUGACUGACGACGCCUUGGCUGCCCUAGAGAUCCCAAAUGACAUGCUACAGACCAUCCAGGACCUGACUUUGGAUCUCCGAGUACGUUGUGUGGUGGUCACACUGCAGUACACAGCAGAAGAAAUAAAGAGAUUAGCUGAAAAGGAAGACUGGGUUGUUGACAAUGAAGGACUGACUUCUCUACCCUAUCAGUUUGAGCAAAGCAUCGUGCACCCCCUGCAAGCUCUGAGAGAAGUCCUGGAAUGCAGGCCUGGAGAAGCCAGUGUCUUUCAACAACCUAAAACACAAGAGGAGGUUUGCCAACUAAGUAUCAAUAUCAUGCAGAUUUUUAUACACUGUCUGGAGCAGUUGAGCACCAAGACCGAUGCAGAUAUAGAUACGACGCAUCUUUCUGUUGAUGUUUCUUCUCCUGAUUUGUUUGGAAGUGUCCAUGAAGACUUCAGUUUAACUUCUGAACAGCGACUUUUGAUCGUCCUAAGUAAUUGCCGCUAUCUGGAACGUCACACUUUCUUAAAUAUAAUGGAACAAUUUGAAAAGCACGGCUUCCAGGGAAUAGAGAAAAUAACACAGGUCAGCAUGGCCUCACUGAAAGAAUUGGACCAAAGGCUCUUUGAAAGUUACAUUGAGUUGAAAGCAGAUCCGAUCGUUGGCUCCCUAGAGCCUGGCAUUUAUGCGGGCUGCUUCGAUUGGAAAGACUGCCUGCCUCCAACAGGUGUCAGAAACUAUUUAAAAGAAGCAUUGGUGAAUAUUAUUGCGGUACACGCUGAGGUGUUCGCUAUUUCCAAGGAACUGGUGCCUCGGGUCCUGUCCAGAGUGGUCGAAUCUGUAUCUGAAGAGCUCAGCCGACUGAUGCAGUGCGUCUCAUCAUUCAGCAGAAAUGGGGCCUUACAGGCAAGGCUUGAAAUCUGUGCCUUAAGAGAUACUGUGGCCAUUUAUCUGACACCCGAAAGCAAGUCCAGUUUUAAACAAGCUCUGGAAGUCCUGCCUCAACUCUCCAGUGGAGCAGAUAAAAAGUCCCUGGAGGAGCUUCUGAACAAGUUCAAGAGCAGCAUGCAUCUGCAGCUCACCUGCUUCCAAGCUGCCUCAUCAACGAUGAUGAAAACAUAA